AUGCGAUGGCACGCAGAACAUGAGUCGCCCGAAGGAGAAAUGCAUCACCCUUCUGAUGGAGCAGCUUGGAAGCAUUUUAACAAGGUAUAUCCUGAUUUCACUGAAGAAAGUCGGAAUAUAUAUUUAGGCUUAGAAACAGAUGGAUUUAACCCAGUUGGUAUGAGUGGUGAAGCAUAUUCGGUCUGGCCAGUAAUUGUUACUCCGUAUAACUUACCUCCUGGGAUGUGUAUGAAAAGAGAAUAUUUAUUUUUAUCCGUCCUAGUUCCCGGGCCAAGACAUCCAAAGAAGAGCAUUGAUAUAUAUCUACAGCCGCUAAUUGAAGAAUUGCAAAGUUUAUGGAGUCACGGGGCAGAAACAUACGAUAUCUCGAGAAAGAAAACAUUCACGAUGCGAGCCGCAUUAAUGUGGACAAUUAAUGACUUUCCUGCUUAUGGCAUGAUGUCAGGUUGGAUGACUCAUGGUCGUUUAGCUUGUCCAUAUUGUCUCGAUGAUACAAAGUCAUUUUGGUUGAAACACGGAAGGAAGCAUAGCUGGUUUGAUUGUCAUCGAAUGUUUCUACCUAAAGAGCAUCCUUACAGGAGAAAUGUUCAAGAGUUUCGAACGGGGAAGACAAUAAGUGAUGAUCCUCCACCAUGGUUGACGGGAGAAGAAAUUCGCUAUGAAAGAAUCAACAACAUUGUUGGGCUGAAGAAAACGGUUGAAUGUGGAGGUAACGGACACGAGAAACCUGGAAGUAACAUAGAAGGCUACGGAAAAGAUCAUAAUUGGGUGAAGAAGAGUAUCUUUUGGGAAUUACCGUAUUGGGAAAACCUUCUUCUUCGCCACAACGUUGACUUCAUGCACGUUGAGAAGAAUUUCUUUGAUAAUCUUAUCAACACGGUGCUUAAUGUUCCUGGGAAGACUAAAGAUAAUGCAAAGUCGAGGAUGGAUCUACCUGAUUUGUGCAGAAGGCAAGAGUUACAUAUCAAAGAUGAUGGAAAGAUGCCGGUCCCGAUAUUUCGGUUGUCAAAGGAAUAA